AUGGCUCCAGCAUUUGUGAAAACGCCACUUCUAGAACACACCUUCAAUUGCGCGGUAAACAGCUUUUGUCAUUCGACACCACGAUUUUUUUUAAAAUAUGAGUUUCUACAGCCGAGCGGAAGUUUCAAAAGCCGGGGAAUAGGAAACCUCAUUUUUAAGCAAGCCAAGCUCAUCAAAGCACAGGGUCAAAAAAUUCCUUACGUUUUUGCCAGUUCUGGCGGCAAUGCGGGAUUGGCAGCGGCGACAGCAUGUAAAAUGCUUUCCAUUCCUUGCAGUGUUGUGGUGCCAAACACCACAAAUCCACGCAUGGUUGAGAAAAUAAGAAGAUUUGGUGCCAAAAUCGAAAUGUACGGCAAGCACUGGAAAGAAGCCGAUGCCCACCUUAGGGAAAAUGUGAUGACAAAGAUGGAUACUUCAGUAUAUGAGAGUAUUUACGCCCAUCCUUUUGACCACCCACUUAUUUGGGAAGGUCAUGCUACCAUGGUAGAUGAGAUCUUUGCCACUUUGAAAGAAAAGCAGGUGUCACCCGAGAAGGUUAAGGCCAUUGUUUGCAGCAUUGGAGGCGGUGGUUUAUACAACGGAAUUAUUGAGGGACUAAAAAAAUUAAAUCUCGAGAAAAGAAUACCCAUAGUGGGUGUUGAGACCAACGGCUGUCAGGUGCUGAGCCAUUCUCUUAAAUCGGGUGUGCAGUUGGAGUUCGAAAACAUUACCUCAAUCGCCACUUCUAUUGGAACGAAUUCGAUAUCUAAAAAGACCUACGACAACGCCACUCAAUACUUUAUCAGGUCCGUUGUUUUAAGUGAUGCAGAAGUCAUCGAAAGCUGCCUCAGAUUUGCUGACGACACCAAUAUUAUCACUGAACCUGCAUGCGGAGCAGCACUGCAUCUCGCUUACAGACAUGAUAUUUUGAGCAAAGCACUGCAGGCCCCAUUUUCAUCCGAUGACGUGGUUAUUAUAAUUGGGUGCGGAGGCUCCGCAACUUCAUACGAUGAUAUCAAGAGCCAUUGGGCACGUAUGUCAACAGACUUGAAUGUUUUAUAA